AUUUAUCCGACCAUGUCUGUCCGACCGGCCGCGCCGCACGCGUUUUCCUCAAAGCGUCGCCGCCGCUCCGAACAAGACGGCAAACCGAGGGCCGCCGCCGCGCGAUAACGGCUCGUCGAAUAACGGGUCUCGUGCGCGUGUGGGUGGCCCUGGAGUUUUCGGCCGCGGCGUCCGGUGCAACUGGGCAUGGAGAAUGCGGCCGGCUGCCGUCCGACGCUUUGUCCGCGCGUCGUUGUUGCCUGGGUGGACGGGCGCCCCCCGCGGUGGUCCAUAGCCGGGAGCUCCCAGGCGUAGCCGCGGGCGCAUCGCCUCGGGCGUCGCGGAGCGCAGAGGGCGCUGCGCACGCCAAGGACGCGGACCUCGAGCGACGACGGCUGGUGGCGGAGGUGGUGCAGCGGUGGGCGGCCGUCAUGUUCGGCGUCGGCGAGCCCCCGCUCGUCUGUCAGGAGGCAGUGUUCACGCGGGACCGCGGGCCACGGGCAUUCCUGCACCCGUUCAGCCCGUACGGCCGCGCCGUGCUGCGCGUCACCCAGCACAGCCAGCCGCCUGAGCUGCGGCCGGGUCCCCCCCAGAAGCAGGCUCGGCCUGAGGAUGGGGUGGACGGGGCUGACCAGGGGAGUCCCCCCAACCGUGGCAGCACACCCCCCCGCAAAGCACCCCCGCUGCGUCGCCUCGACGAUGAGGCUCUCAAGCGGUCACGCCUGCACUCCCAACAGUAUGAGCUGUCGCAGGACCUUCUGGACAAGCAAGUGGAAAUGUUGGAGCGCAAGUACGGGGGCGUGCGGGCACGCACGGCAGCGCUGACCAUCCAGCGGGCCUUCCGCAGCCACUGCAUGCAGAAGCGCUUCCUGGACUUGGCCAGUGCAUCCAAGGGGGAGCGUCGGCUCUCGCGGCGCAUCCAUGCACUGGACCUGCUCGGCCCCAAUGGUGCCAGUCCUCCUUCCUCAGAGAGUGCCCUGCCGUGGCCCGCCCACCAUCGCACCCCUACAAAAGGAGCCUUGGCGGAAGCUGCGGCAGCUGCGGCGGCUGCCAGCAGGCGGGUGCCCCCUCAAGUGCCCCGACGAUCUUCCUCCAUUCCUGGCACCGCCACCACAACUUAUACUUGCUCAAAGGAAAGCUCUGGGAGCUGGAAGCACAGUGGGUCUCCAGCAACCCAAGCAGCGUCUACAGCCCCACCCAAUGGUAGUGGUCAGCCUGCGCUGCCCUCAGCGCGGCCAGAGGACAAGCGGCUCAGCAACAUUUCAGAAAACAGUGAGGACAGUGUGGACUGCCCCGCGUACUCGUGUUCGCCACCAGCCUCUGACGUGCUUCUACUCUACCCACAUCAGGGUCCGGGUAGUCCUAAGGACUCCUUAGGCUCCAAGGGUAGUGAGGCGCUGCGUAAGCGCCAGUACCGGGUGGGGCUGAACCUGUUUAACAAGCGACCCGAGAAAGGAAUCCGCUAUCUGACAGAGCGCGGCUUCCUGGAUUCGUGCCCUCGAGCAGUAGCCAGGUUCCUCAUUUCGCGCAAGGGCCUGAGUAAAAUGCGCAUCGGCGAGUACCUGGGUGACCUGCAAGGUCCAUUCAAUGCCCGUGUGCUGGAGUGCUUCGUCGAAGAGCUGGACUUUGCCGGAAUGCAGGUGGACCUGGCCCUUCGGCGAUUCCAGAGCCAUUUCCUGCUACCAGGGGAGGCACAGAAGAUUGAGCGGCUAGUCGAGGUAUUCAGCCAUCGGUACGCACGCUGCAACCCGGAUGUCGUGGCCAAACUGGCCAGUCCCGAUACUCUCUUCGUGCUGGCCUUCUCGGUGGUGUUGCUAAACACAGACCUGCACACGCCCUCAGUGAAAGCUGACAAGCGCAUGAAGCUGGAAGACUACGUCCGUAACCUGCGAGGGGUGGACGAAGGACAAGACCUCGACAGGGACAUGCUUGCAGGCAUCUAUGAACGCAUCAAAGCACACCCGUUUCGGCCUGGCUCUGAUCAUGUCAGCCAAGUGCUCAAAGUGCAGCAGUCCAUUGUAGGAAAGCGACCGAAUUUGGCUCUUGCUCAUCGUCGUCUGGUGUGCUACUGCCGUCUCUAUGAGGUCUACGAUGUCCACAAGAAAGAACGCCCCGGUGUGCAUCAACGUGAAGUGUUCCUCUUCAAUGACCUUCUGUUGGUGACUAAGAUAUUCAGCAAGAAGAAAAACAGUGUCCAGUAUGCCUUCCGACAGUCACUGCCCCUGUGUGGCAUGAACGUGGCCCUUUUCGAGGCACCCUAUUACCCACACGGGAUCAGCCUGACUCAGCGAGUGGACGACAGGGCACUGAUGACCCUGAAUGCUCGCAAUGAGCACGACCGGUGCAAAUUUGUUGACGACCUGAGGGAGUCCAUUCUUGAGAUGGAUGAGAUGGAGAGCCUGCGCAUUGAGGGAGAACUCGAGAAGCAGCAGGCAUUGCGCAGUCCUUGGGACCAGCGAGACUCGGGUCUGGCCGACAUGGAAGCAACGGGGGAGGGCAACGGCGGAGACGGCAGCUUACUGGCCCAGAGCCCCUGCCUCAAGCGGUCGGCCCUCUCCAACUCGCUGCUCGACCUGCACGACCAGCAAACAGCGGCACGGCCAGUUCGUCGAGGCAGCGCGGGUUCUCUGGACAGUGGAAUGUCCGUCUCCUUCCAGUCCUCGGCGACCAGUUCGGUGAGCCAGGAGUCGUCGCCCCACACGGUCCAGUAUCCGGAUGGCGCAGCAGCAGCAGUAGCCACCAGCGUCGGCGACGGGACCCGGCACGGCUUCCUGGGAAACCUGUUUGGCAAGCGGGGUCGCCACACCGCAGCGGUGACCUCCACACCCCAAGCAGCAGCUGCGGCGACCUCGGAAGUGCCCGCAAGAACGGAACCACCAGGAUAGGCGGCGGGUUACCCAUCUUGCCCGCCUUAUCUCCCAGUGUACAUACGCGAUAGGCCAUUUUAUUUUGCAAAGUGACUCUCUAUCUGCCUCUCCUUUAUGUACAGCAGAAGAUUCGCGUUUUAAUAUAUAGUACAUAUUACAGACCUCUCCCGCUUCUCCUUUGCCCCCUUUUGUAAGAGAACUUCCCUGCUCUUAAAGCAUUCCCCCUCCCAAAUUGUAAUAAAGGCCUCACUCCUUUUGCUCACUCAGCUCAAGUGUGGUGCAGUGAGCCUGCUCUGGGUGUUGCUAGGAAAACAUUGUGGCCACAGUCGAGACCUUUCCAUGAAAAGAGAGGGAGCAGUGGCCUUGCGCAAAGUAGUUUUCUUCCACCACUACGGUUAGUCUAUUGGUGCCCCCCUGUUGUGCCUGUUUGGAGGAAUGUGAGGGCAUGCCGGUGCUUUUACUGCAUGUCAGCAUGUGUACAUAAAAGGAGGGGGAAAAAGUGCACUAUGCAGACAAAUGCAUUUCUCUUUUGUGGUAAUUCAAAGCUGCACUUUUUUUAGCACAUAAGCAGUCGAACAAAUUGUGUGUACUGACGAGAUCAUGUUGCGUGCUGCAAGAAAGUGGCACACUUGCAAAUUUUAGUGGCACAAAUCUGGCACCCUUUAUUCCUACUGCUUACUGAGUUUUUACCGGUGUGAAUGCAGCAGCUACAAAAUUGAACAUGUGAACUUGUAUAGAGAUUGCGGGUGAAUGCACUUUGUGCACUUUGCCCCUUGUACGUCUAGAUAUCUCAGUCAUGUGAUGCUGGAAACUGGCCUUCUUGGCAUAUCACAAAAUACUUUUAUGUGCGCUGCUACAUGCAGGAAGUCAAUGUCUAGUGAGUGUUCAGAAUAUCAUAAAUGUGCGAGUAUUGACAUUUCAUCCCACCAUACGCUACAGAGACUGUGUGUAUAUUGUGUAACGGUAUAGUAUAUGGAGUGUGCAGGAUAUUGCUUCCAGUCAGUGCAUGCAAACGGUCCAUUUCGGGCUAAAUGUUUGUAAGUGUUUCGCAUCUUAAUAUGUGUGCACAUAAAGAAGCUCACCAACGCA